AUAGCAAGUCUUUUCAAUACCAGUCAUAUGGAACAGUAGCGUGCGAACUCGUGACCAACCAUGAGAACCCAUGCCUCGUGUUACUUCGUAUAUAUGCGAGCCGUCGAACAGGAUGCUCGUGGAACUCCUCAUUAUCGUCUCUGUGCUUCCGCCAUGACCUCCCCUCUCGACAAGCUCGAUGCGCUCGAAAAGGAGCUCUCGCGCUUGUCGACAGCAGAGGAUAAGCUGAACUCUGUCACAGCCUACCUACGAGACACCCGUGAUUCAUCUAGACGUAUCAUACACGAUAUUCGAACAGAAACGUCAGAGACUGACGAUGAAGCCAAAACCGGAAAGCGUCUGACUAUGUUGAUGCGACAACAUGGUCUUCUGGAGGCAUAUGCUGAAUUGCAGAUACCGAAGAUGCUUUCAGAGGCUGUCAAGCCCUUAGAGAACGUCCUUUGUGCAAAUGUGGACAUCACCAACGGAAGAAUUUGCCAAGAAGAAGGCAAGCAGGCGUGCGGCGGAUGUAAAUUGGUCUUAUAUUGCUCUAAAACAUGCCAGACGCAACACUGGCGUCUUCACAAGAACGAUUGCAAGGACCCCAUUCGGUCGCCGAACUGGAAGCCGGCCUGGAUUGUUGAAAAGCGAUCACCGACAUUUAUGAGUGGCAAUAACACCCUCAAUGAACGCUGGCAAAACGACGUUGAUCGGAUUGCGCUGACUCGGGCACAUUUAUGGGGUAAUAUCCCUGCAUACGACGUACUAGCGUUAGCUAGGAACGAAACUGUCCUAGGCAAGGACUAUAACGUGGCGUUCGUCGCAUCGGGCGACCUGCGCAAUGUGGUUUUUACCGUUAAUGGCCUCCCUGAAGAGUUCUCUGGCCGUCUAACAAUAAUCUUGAAUGAUCGUGACUCACAUGUUACAUUGAGGAACAUCUUACUGCUUUCCCUUCUGGGGUUACCUGAUGUCAAUUCCGCCGCCGAGUUGGCACUUCAUGCCUGGUAUUCGGUCUUCCUUCCAAUGGAGUAUGCUGCUCAAGUUAGCCAUGCUGGUUUCCGAGCUUUGCAAGACUUGAAAGUCGACGGAUCCAUUCAUAUGCAACUUAGUCCAACAUCUACCCUCGCUGGACAAGUGUCAGAUGAUAUUCGAUCUCAUUUUCUGGCCUGCUUAGAUGACACUUCGUUCGGAAUGGGUGAAGCCGCCCGAGAAUACGAACGGGUCCGGUUCGCACCAUCGCGCGUUGACCGACAUCAUCGAUGGUAUGGCAGACUAGAGCCCUCUCAUCGUCUGGCUUGCUUGGAGUAUCGUCGGUUUGGACUCGUUCUUCCUUUCGGGGCGAAGAACGAUCAUUUCAACAUGCCAAACCGUACAUUAUUCUCUUCGGACGGAUGUUGGUUACAGAAUGACCUGGCAAACCCUCUAGAUGGCUGGAAUGCAAAGUCCAUAGUAGAGGCUGGGCGAAAACACGGCGCGUCUCGUGCCGACCUAUAUGGUUGUCUAUAUUUCUUCCUGUCUGAACAGUUGAGGGUUUUCGCUCGGCGUCUGCGGAAAUUCCGUAUCUCGUUUCACAUCUUUAAUAGAGAUGCUAGCGAUCUUAGCAAGGCAAUCCGAGCAGGUAAUUUGGCCAGUUAUGGGGUUCCGUCAACCAUACGAUUCGAUCGAGUUGACGUGUCGAACAUCAUGGAUGCUGAAUAUGUAGGCAUACCUAGAAUUGUUACAUUCUGGGGUCCAUUGCUUGCUACAGGGCAACAUGCUACUUUACUGGGUUACUUCAUGAACUGGGUAAACAGACAAAAAGGCGGCAACAUCAAUUCAUUGGAUCCCAAAGCAUCGGAGUACAGUGGAAUGAUGGAGGGGCUUGAGGACGAAGGAAAGAUUCCAAGACUAACCAACAGGUCACUGGCCACAGCGCAAGAAUAUGCGGGCAUGAUCGGAGUCUACAUGGGAUUUCUCAUGACGAAGUACGACAACUCUAAGGCGUUCCAAACGUAUCUUGAUAAACAUGGCAUGGCGGAGGUUUUACAGAAGGCCCAGCUCAAACUACUUUACGAUAAUGAACUUCACAACAUCAGCGAAUUGGCAGCCGUGUGGGUGGUGCUCCGAGUGAUCUGCCUGAAUUCCCAGACAGUGAAUCGUGGUAUUUUGAUGCCUGCGUCGACCAACAGUUAUGGUCAGAGCGUUUCAUCGAGACUGUAUGGGCGUAAUUUGGUAGAAGGACUUGACUACUUUGUACAAAGCUGACGCCGAGAGCAAAGUGAUGAAUCGCUCCCUCCCACGGACAUUAUCGCGGACCAACAGGUCUGGGUAUAUUGGACAAUCCUAAGGUAUAACGACAUGUUGUAUCGCAUAGACAAAAAGAAGCGUGAUGAAAACAAGGUCUAUUCUAUGGCAAGAGAAAGAUGAAGCCAGGAUGUCUGUGAGGAGGGAUAAUCCAACCUUGUGUUAGGGCGUUC